AUGAAGUCGAACAAGGCAACCGGUCCUGAUGACAUACCUGUUGAUAUCUGGAAGCUGCUACGAGAUCGAGGGUCCGUGUGGCUCGCAACUCUAUUUAACAAGAUCGUUGCGACUCCAGACGUUUGGCAAACUUCCGUGACCGUGCCUGUCUGGAAAGGGAAAGGAGACAUCGCUGACUGCACUUCGUACAGGCUUAUGCGACUGCUGUGCCAUACGAUAAAGGUUUUUGAACGUAUCCUGGAAGUUCGUCUGAGGAAAAUUGUCAGCGUUUCACUCAACCAGUGCGGCUUUGUGAAGGACUGCAGCACUAUAGAUGCUAUCCAUGCUGUCCGUAUCCUCCCAGAGAAAUAUCGAGAGAAGAACUGCAGUGUGGAUCUUACUUUUCUCGAUCUCGAGAAGACUUUCGACCGUGUCCCACAUGAGCUGUUAUGGAUUUCCAAGAGGUCGCAUAGAGUAGCAGAAGAAUAUGUGCGGUGA